CCAGCACGAGACCGCCGGACUGACGCCAUACACACCGACGCGCCCUUGUCACGGACUCGUUAGUCGUUGUCGUGUCGCCGUCGCCGUUAGAUUAUUUUAUUUUUCUAUUUGACCGUUGUUGUCACCGUCGCUCAUCGUUCGUCGCUGGCUGCCACAAUGGACAACGGCUCUGAACGUGUCCCGCCGCCGAACGGCCCGCCCGCCCGGUGCAACAACGAUGUCGGCGCUGAAGACCAGAUCGUCAUCGAAAACGAUGGCGGCGACGACAACGAAGUCGGCAAUGACCACACCGCCGAAAUCACUGCUAUUAUUCCAUCUCCAAGUCAUAAACCUGUUGUACCUUCUCAAAGUUCUAAAAGCAUUACAAAAUCAUCAGAGUCUACCAUUUCUACCUGUGAUAUGAAAAUUUAUGAAAAUCGUCUAAAAACUUUUAAAAAAUGGCCAUUAAAAUUAAUUACACCUGAUAAAUUGGCUAGAGCUGGAUUUUAUUAUACAGGCGUACAAGAUAAAGUUAAAUGUUUAUACUGCCGAAUUGAAUUUGGAUAUUGGGGAAAAAACGACGAUCCGUAUAUUGAACAUAAACUAAUAUCUCCACAAUGUCAAUAUUUUAAAGAAAAACAAGAUUUUAAUUUGUGUGAUCAUAAAUCUGAUGUUAUGAAUGCUUAUGUUCAGAAUUUCUUAUGUUCCGUUGGUAUUGUGACAGAUGCAAAUAUGAAAGUUCGCUCAAAUUAUAAAGCAUUGACAUCUUUGGAAUCUCGUAUGAAAACAUUUGAAACAUUCACAAAAGAACUAAACCAUGAUGUUUUAACUUUUUGUAAAGCUGGAUUAUUCUACAUUGGUGAAAAAGACAGGAUGAUAUGUUUCUGCUGUAAUCAGGGUCUGAUGGAUUGGGAAGUUGAUGAUGAUCCAUGGGUUGAACAUGCCCGUUGGUCACCACUUUGCAGUUACGUUCUUUUAAGUAAAGGCAAACGUUUUGUAGAAGAAGUUGGUGGUGAAGUAAACUAUAGUUUACGAAUUAACCUAGAGGAAUUGAAUAAGUUAUUUACCAUUCAUAGACAUCUUGCUGUUGACAGUGAUACAAUGAGGAAUUUGGAAACAUCAGUGGAAAGUAAUACAUUCUCAGACUUUGUAGAACCUGUGACCAUUAUACGUUUAAGUCGGCAGGAGUCAUUAAUACCUGAUUCAGUCUUAUGUAAAAUUUGCUUUAAAGAAAAAUUGGAAGUAAUUUUUAUGCCUUGUCGUCAUGUUAUUGCAUGUAUCCAAUGUGCAGUAACACUUGAUCUAUGUGCUAUAUGCAGACAGCCAUUUACUAUGACUAUGAGAGUUGGCAUUUAUGUUACUAACCUCAAACAAUUUAGUCUAGAAAAUAAUGGAUCAGAGAAUGCAAAUGAAUUAAUUGAUCCAGUUCUUUGUAAGAUUUGUUGUAAAGAAGAAAUGCAAGCUGUUCUUUUACCGUGUAGACACAUAUCUACCUGUUAUAAAUGUACCUCAAAAGUUAAACAAUGUUUAGUUUGUUUUGAACCAGUAUUUGCAUAUAUGCAAAUAUUCAUAUAGCAUUUAUAAAAGAUGAACUGAUCUAAAAUUAAAAUAUCAAAACAGUUAAAUAUACAAA